UUUGUUUAUCAAACACAUAAAAAGUUUUUUUUAACAUAUAAUAUUCAUCAGAUUUGUUAUGAGCUUUGUUUAACAUAUAUAUAUAAAAUGAAGUUCGUAUAUCUACUUCUGAUAUCAGCAUUUAUUUCGUUAACCACAUGUCAAAAACCAAGGAUACUUCAAGGAUGCCGCAGAAAACCUGACAUUCUAAACAUCAAAAUUAGGAAAAAUAAUGUUGUCGAUCUCACACAUGUGAUGGAUGAGCGAACAUUUGUUUGGCCAACGCAUGGAAAGGGUUACGAAAUGUUUACACUUUUCAAAGGAUUCAUAACUGCAACAGUCCGAUUUUUCCUGCAGAGUUAUUCAUUCUUCACUCCUGAGCAUGCAGGAACACACAUGGAUGCACCUUCCCAUUUUUACGAAGAUAAAAGCCACAUAGACGAAGUUGGUUUUGAGUCAAUGAUUGGUCGUGGAGUUUUAAUUAAUUUGAUGAAAAAUAACACGAGAUACGGGAAGGAUGGCAGAGUAACAAUCGAUGACAUAUUAGCCUGGGAAAAAAUUCACGGGAGAAUGAGAAGCGGAAGUAUUGUUCUCUUAUAUACCGGCUACUCAAACUAUUACUACGACAGACUAGUUUACAUGGGGACAAACUUAACUGGAGUUGAAGGGGAAGCCAACUUACAUUUUCCUGGACUGCACGAGGAAACAACUGAAUGGCUUGUAAAUAACAGAUGCAUUGCGGCUAUAGGAAUUGACACGCCGAGUAUAGAUUAUGGUCAAUCAAAAAAUUACCCUUCUCAUCGAAUUUUGUGCAAAAGUGACAUCCCGAUCUUCGAAAAUGUUGCCAACCUGAAAAAGUUGGCUGAUGCUGGCAAUAGCUUCACGGUUAUUGCCCUUCCGAUGAAGUUAAAAGGAGGGAGCGGAUCACCUGUGCGAAUUAUAGCUGCUUUGAACUAAAUGAAUCUCUGCUUUUGUUGAAGGAUUUGAUUGAAUAUUAUUACUAUGUAAUUGUCAUGUAUUCAAGUAAUGUUGGCUUACCUAUUGCCACAAUGAAAUAAAAUUUUAUUGUAGCACUAAGACUUUUAGCGCUUUUGUGAAAAUAAAAUGCUGAUUGGAUCAA